UCUAAAAGACAUCACUGACUACGGUUUAUUGGUAACAAAGUCCUUUGGACUAAUCUUGACGAUGAUUCGGUCAUCUCUCCUCAUUUUGCCGAUUCAGUUCCUUGCUGUCCAUUACGCUAUGGAAUACAGCUUUCUGGGGACUCCUGAUGAAUGCGAGAGUGCCGAAUUUGUGCCUGGCUACAACCUGGGAGGAGAAGGGGUCGACAUUGUCACAAUGGAAAACAAGCAAGCAUACAUGAUCAACAUGGAAGACUACCUGAAUAGAGAUGGGAAGUGCAGUCUCGUCAAAAACCCCUUCCUAGAAAACAAGGUUCAAAAGUUGCCCCUGGCAAUGGUCGACUGGCGGCCCAGUGCCAAAUGUUCAGCCGCCAUGAAAAGUGUCGUCUUUGAUUCCAGCGAAUCCUUGGUGAACGAAACGUCCAGCAUUAUCAGAAAUGACUGGAAGGCUGGUCUCUCAGUGAAAACCCAAGCAUCAGUAGUGCUAGCUGGGAGCCACUCCAAAGAAUCACAGUUCUCCAUGGAAAAGACAAAGCAUGACAAAACCAGCUUCACCAGCCAAACCUAUCAAUGUCAGCAUUACAGUUACAGGGUGAUUGAGAAUCCUCCACUUCUGAAACAUUUUUCAGAUUCUAUUCAGAAACUUCCCAAGAGAUACAAGAAGAUGGCAUAUCAGAAGAUUAUCGAUACUUAUGGAACUCAUUUUAUUACGCAUGUCAGCUUAGGUGGCAAAGUAAAAACAAUUACAGCCAUCAAAACUUGCGAGGCUGCUUUAAAUGGGGUAAAGGUAGAAGAUGUGAAGAACUGUCUGGACGUAGAGGCCUCUGCCACCAUUAAAGGGACAGUAACAGCAAAUACUGCCUAUAAGUACUGUGAGGAGAAGAAGAAAAACUUGAAAAUUGGGGACAGUUUCUCAACCAAAUUUUCAGAUCGCAAAACCUUUAUCCAAGGUGGCAAUAGUAAUAUGGACAAUCUCCUUUUCUCCAGUAAAUUAGACCCAAAUGCCUAUAACAACUGGUUAGAAUCCACUAAAUCUAUUCCUGGUGUGAUUCAGUAUUCCUUAGAACCACUUCAUAUGCUGAUCCAAAACGAUGCCAAAAAGAAAAGGAAUAUGAGACUGGCCGUGAGCAAGUACAUUCAAGGAAAUGGCUUCCAAACACAUUGUUCGAGCAAGUGCAAGGACGGCUCAUUCACCAGCAAACAUAAUUCCUGUUUGUGUGUUUGUAAUGAAAACCCCAACUUUGAUAAUAUGUGCUGCCCCAGAAAGCUUGGGAUAGCAGAACUGAGUGUCAGAGUCAACAAAGCCGAGGGUCUGUAUGGAGACAUUUGGAGCCAAACUGAAGGGUACGUCAAGGUUUUCUUUGGAAACAAGAAGUUGCAAACCAACAUAAUUUAUGAAAACAAUAAUCCUGUAUGGAAUAUGGACUUGGAUUUUGGGGCAGUUGAGCUGUCAAUGAUCGCUCAUAUCAAGGUAGAAGUGUGGGAUGAGGACAACGCGUGGUACAAGUGGUGGCAUGAUUAUCUCGGAGGCUGCACCCUAAGCAUUAAACGUGGAAACCAUACAGAGAUGUGCACCUUAAAUCAUGGCACUGUGCAUUUCUCUUACACCAUAAAAUGUGCACCCAGCCUGGGUGGCGACACUUGCAGAAACUACCAGCCUUCACCCAUAAGCACCAGUCUGAUGGACAGCUUUGUCUCCAGGAAUGCCAUUCCCGUCACACAAAGCUCCUUUUCAAAGUGGAAUCAGUUCCAUCUGCAGGAUUCUCAGAGAAACCACAGUAACACCAUUAGUGGAACAAAGAGCGCGAGAUCAGUUUGGUAAUUUGAGAUAACAUUUCUGUUUCUUUUACUAUUUCCAGUGUAAUGCACAUGCUAAAGUUACCUCAGAUAUUUCAAGGCAAAGAAUCGUUCA